UUGUGUUUUUUGUUUGUUUGUUUGGAUCUUAAAGCCCGAGUUUUUACUCUUCAUUUUUUGGUGGAUAUUUUUUUGUUGAGUACUUUGUGCUGUUCUGAGAACGGGCGUGUCUUUGACCAGGAAACUCUUGCUAAAGACAUUUUAACUUAUAAGUUUAGAAAUAGACAUUUUUUUGUCACAACCAUCACAUCAUCCAACUUUUAGUCACUAUGGACUUCUACUAAGCAUCAAACCUGGAGUUUACCGUCUCUAACAGGUCAUCUGUGGAUCACUGCAGCUUUACUGGUUUAACACAGAAACCAGAGACACAAAGGUUCUGCUGUUAUGGCCUCGUUUAAACUGGACUUCCUUCCAGAGAUGAUGGUGGACCAUUGCUCUUUGAAUUCUAGUCCUGUUGGGAAGAAGCUUAAUGGGUCUCUGGAUCAUCCUGACCAACCAGAUAUUGAUGCCAUCAAGAUGUUUGUGGGACAGAUUCCUCGGUCCUGGUCUGAGGAGCAGCUUCGGGAGCUCUUUGAACCUUAUGGAGCAAUUUAUGAGAUCAAUAUCCUUCGAGACCGGAGUCAGAAUCCACCACAGAGCAAAGCAGUGGAGGACAGGAAGCUCUUUAUUGGAAUGAUUUCUAAGAAGUGUAAUGAAAAUGACAUCCGCCUGAUGUUCCUGCCGUACGGACAGAUCGAAGAGUGUCGGAUACUACGAGGACCUGAUGGACUCAGUCGUGGUUGUGCGUUUGUAACGUUCACAGCUCGACAGAUGGCCCAGUCAGCUAUCAAGUCAAUGCAUCAGAGUCAGACCAUGGAGGGUUGUUCCUCUCCCAUUGUGGUGAAGUUUGCUGACACCCAAAAAGACAAAGAACAGAAACGCCUGGCUCAGCAGCUGCAGCAGCAGAUGCAGCAGCUCAGUGCUUCUUCCAUGUGGGGGAGUCUCUGUGGGUUCAACAGUUUGGGUCCACAGUACCUCGCCCUCUACUUACAGCUGCUGCAGCAGGCGACCUUCACCGGGAAUACACUCAGCAACCUGCACCCAGUCUCAGGUCUCACCACCAUGCAGAACCUGUCAGCUUUAGCUGCAGCAACAACAACACAAGGAACGUCUUCAAGCUCCUCCUCCAUGAUGACUUCCAAUAAUUCACUCAGUUCACUAACCGGCUCAGGUGUGUCGGCGCUGAACGGCAGUCUGACCUCCAACAGUUCUGGGAACCCGAUGGAGGCGCUGAGUCAGGCCUACUCAGGGAUGCAGCAGUAUGCAGCUGCAGCUCUGCCCAGCCUGUACAACCAGAACCUGCUGACCCAACAGAACCUCUCAGCUGCUGCUGGCAGCCAGAAGGAAGGUCCGGAGGGGGCCAACCUGUUCAUCUACCACCUGCCACAGGAGUUUGGAGACCAGGACCUGCUGCAGAUGUUUCUGCCCUUUGGAAACGUGAUUUCUGCCAAAGUUUUCAUCGACAAACAGACAAACCUCAGCAAAUGUUUUGGUUUUGUGAGCUACGAUAACCCGGUGUCGUCGCAGGCAGCCAUCCAGUCCAUGAACGGCUUCCAGAUUGGAAUGAAGAGACUGAAGGUGCAGCUGAAGCGCUCAAAGAUGGACAACAAACCUUAUUAAAGUCAGGAGAGUUCGUGUCGA